AAUAAUUGCAUUGCGUAAUAAAAGAGAAAAGAGUGAGAGUCAAAGAGUGUGUAUAAGAAGAAGAAGAAGAAGUGAGGUGGAAGUGGAAGUGGAUGGUAAAUGGGUGGAGGAGGAACAAUAGCAGAAGGGAUUCGUCGUUUGUUUCAGCGACGCGCUCCUUCUUCUUCUACUAAACACAAUGAUAAUGAUGAACGCGUCUUCGUCAGAGAUUUGCGCUCACAAUUGGCUAUUAUUCCCACCACUAACGAUCACGUUCACGAUCACGAUCACGAUCACAAUCAACCCUCUCUCUUGAACCAUAUCAAAGUCCCCACCCAAAUUCUCUCUAUACCUUCUUCCAUGGAUCCUCACAAAAAGGGUGCGCCGGAAACAGACUUUUUUACUGAGUAUGGAGAGGCAAGUCAAUAUCAGGUCCAAGAAAUUAUUGGAAAAGGAAGUUAUGGUGUUGUGUGUUCUGCAAUUGACACUCAUACUGGCGAAAAAGUUGCAAUCAAGAAAAUUAAUGAUGUUUUUGAGCAUGUAUCAGAUGCCACACGGAUACUAAGAGAAAUCAAGCUCUUGCGCUUGCUACGUCAUCCUGAUAUUGUAGAAAUUAGGCAUAUUAUGCUUCCUCCUUCCCGCCGAGAGUUCAGAGAUAUCUAUGUUGUCUUUGAGUUGAUGGAAUCUGAUCUACAUCAAGUCAUUAAGGCAAAUGAUGAUCUUACUCCUGAGCACCACCAAUUUUUCUUGUACCAACUUCUUCGGGGUCUGAAAUUCAUACAUACAGCAAAUGUGUUUCACCGUGAUUUGAAACCAAAAAAUAUUCUUGCUAACGCUGAUUGCAAACUGAAGAUAUGUGAUUUUGGACUUGCUCGAGUUUCAUUUAAUGAUGCUCCAUCUGCUAUAUUUUGGACUGACUAUGUUGCAACUAGGUGGUACCGCGCACCUGAACUAUGUGGUUCUUUUUUCUCAAAAUAUACCCCUGGAAUUGAUAUUUGGAGCAUUGGAUGCAUAUUUGCAGAAAUGCUUACUGGGAGGCCAUUGUUUCCUGGGAAAAAUGUGGUGCACCAAUUGGAUAUCAUGACUGAUUUGCUUGGCACUCCUCCUCCUGAAUCCAUUGCAAGGAUUCGAAAUGAGAAAGCUAGAAGAUAUCUUAAUAGCAUGCGAAAAAAGCAACCUGUUCCAUUUUCCCAGAAAUUUCCAAAUAUAGAUCCUUUGGCUCUUCGUAUACUGGAGCGGUUACUUGCAUUUGAUCCUAAAAAUCGUCCAUCAGCCGAAGAGGCAUUGUCUGAUCCUUAUUUCCACGGUUUGUCGAACAUCGAUCGUGAACCAUCCACUCACCCCAUUUCAAAACUUGAGUUUGAAUUCGAGAGAAGGAAAUUGACUAAAGAUGAUGUUAGAGAGUUGAUUUAUAGAGAGAUUUUGGAGUAUCAUCCCCAGAUGCUUCAGGAAUAUCUCCGUGGUGGAGACCAAACCAGCUUCAUGUAUCCAAGUGGAGUUGAUCGGUUCAAGCGACAGUUUGCACAUCUUGAGGAACAUUAUGGCAAAGGCGAACGAAGCUCACCAUUGCAGAGACAGCAUGCCUCCUUACCUAGAGAGCGAGUUCAUACUUCCAAGAAUGAAAAUAAUGAAAACAACGGUAUUGAAAAUCCAACUGGAUCAAAUCUUCAGAGCCCUCCAGGGUCUAAUGUGACAGAUGCUGAAAACUCAGGCACUCAAAAUGAACUCACAAAGUCAAACUGCAGUCCACGUAGCUUGUUGAAGAGUGCCAGCAUUAGUGCUUCAAAGUGUAUAGAUGUGAAAAGAACUAAAGAUCCAGAGGAGUCAAUUAUGGAGGCAAAUGACGACGCAAGAGAUGAAUUGACCAAUAAAAUUCUUGCUCUCCAUGCUUAGUUCUAGCUUAAUUAUAAGUAUUGCAUAGAAAUCCUUCCAGUUGUUGUGCUAGAAGCUAACUUGAGGACUCCUUGUCAGAAACUACCAUUUUGUAUUAUUGAUGUAGGUUUUGUAAUUAGAAGUAUUUUUGUGUACCGAAACACAAUGUAUACUACUGAUAUAUUAUAAAACAAGGAUGAACAGUCUCAGUCACGGUGUUUCCUUCUCAUGUUAAAUAAGCAAAACAAAUGUUAUUCA